AAAUAAACUGGUCACACUAAACGUCAAAAUGGUUGUUUAUCAUUGAAAGAAUUAUUCUGUUUGCAUUUGUAUUGUAAUAAAACAAUUUCCUGCUCAAUUGAUAGUAAAUAAUACACCACCAAUCGACAAUGUCAGAAGACGGGGAUUCUUUUUGCAGACUUUGUGCCGAACCAACUCCAAAAACUCAGCUUAUAUCCCCUCUGGAAGACGUCGGCAUCAGCUCUAAGAUUGUAACAAAAAUGCAGUGGAUAAAUAUAGAUAUUUCUUCGUCAAAUUUACUUCCCAGCACGAUUUGUUUUGCAUGUUUCGACGCAUUGGAGCGUACAUGGGUGUUUCUUCACAACGUGAGAACAGCACAAGUGAAAUUAAACGAGAUAUUUGCCAAAAAACUUGGCGAGCAAAUAGAUGAAAAACUAGAGGUAGACAUAACAGAUGCCGGAAAACCGGUAAAUAGUGACUGGGAUCAGUUCCAGGGGGCCAAGACGGAGAUAAAAUCAGAAUCGGAACAAUACGAAAUGGACAUGGAGCCUACAACUAUAAUUGAUAUGGAAAUGUUGGUUAAAGCGGAGAAAACUAGCUAUGAUGAAGACCACAGCGAUGGCUUUGACUCCUCAGACAGUGACUUACCUCUACGCAUGGAGAAAACGAAAAAAAAGAAGAAAAAGUUAAAAAAUAAUGGAUCAAAGAGUCCAGAGAUUCAGUUACAGUCUGCUUCUUGGGAUGAUUAUAUGUGUCGUUGCGCGAAUUGCGAUGCUCAGUGCAAGAACAUUAUGUCGUUGCGUCUUCAUUCGCUACAAAUACACUCAUGUUGCUGCACAUUUAAAUGUUCUGACUGUGGAAAAGUUAUUCCAAACUUCAAGGCCUUUGUGAACCAUGUCCGAUUACAUAAAAAAUCACUUCGUUACUGUUGCGAGUUUUGUAAUAAAUGCUUUAAAAUGUCCACAUAUUUAAAAAAGCAUAAAAACAAGAUGCACAGUAAUGUUUAUCGAACCAUGUGCCAAAACUGUGGAGCAACCUUUGAGAACCCUGAACUUUUACAAGACCAUCUCACAUUAUUCACUAAGCACUUUAAGAAACGAAGCAUGAAACCAGAAAAGCUAGAUCAUGAAUUAAAAUGCGACAUGUGUAAUAAAGAGUUUAAAUCACGCAGUAACUUACAUCAGCAUAAACUUGUUCAUACAGAGAGGACGAGAGAUUUUUCCUGCCACAUAUGCGGUAAGAUGUUCUUCACAAAAGGAACAUUGAGUACACACAUGAUGAUCCACGAAGAUUCAAAACCAUUCAAAUGCGGAUUUUGUCCGAUGGCCUUCCGAGCCCGCGGUAACUUACAAUCUCACAUAAGCCUCCACUCUGGUGCAAAGCCAUUUGUCUGCGAACAGUGCGGUAAAAGUUUUCGUGUGAAAAGACAUUUGAAAUCGCAUUCUAUUGUUCACACAGACCUUAUGCCCUAUGUUUGUGAUUAUUGCAACAAACCAUUUAGGUUUAAGACUCGUCUAAAUCUCCAUUUGAGGCAGCAUACUGGUGCAAAACCGUAUAACUGUGUGCUAUGUCAAAGGGACUUUACAAAUGGUUCAAACUUUAAAAAGCAUAUGAAAAGAAGACAUGAUAUUGAUACUUCAAAGAGGAAAUACCAAAAUGUUGUAAAUGUAAAUGUAGAGCAGCCUCCUACAAAUGAGACAAUUAUUCCAUGAGAAGUAAGACUGUGAGUUAAUUUAUGAUUUAGAAUAUGGAUAUUGAAAUAAUAUCUGCCUUGUAAUAUUACAGCACUGACUGCUAGGCAUGGGCCUUUACUACUGUGGUUUUAGGCCUAGUCCACUAAGCAGGCUUAGUGCGAGUUGUCAAAUGAAAAUUUUAUAGAAAGAAGAAAGAUAUUCUUAAUUUUGAAAUGAUACAAAAUAUUAUUAUCUGAAGUAAGGCAAUGUCAAUAACACCAAUUUUAUUUUUGAUAGUUUCAGAACAUGUUUAUUAUACUAAUAAACUGAUGGCAACUCGGCAUAUGCUGUAUUUAUUUGGAUAAAUCAAAUUUUAUAUGUAGCCAAAUGUUUGGCUGACCUUAUUAAAAAUUAUAAUAAACCUUAUUACUAUAAAAUUAUAGUUCAAAUUGUAAUUAAGUAUUUGUAUCCUAUUAGUAUUGUUUAUGAAAAAAUCCAUACAGUAUUUGCUUCAGAGAAUAAAUUGUUUGUCUUCCCCAAUUGUUUAUGAAGAAUAGAUUGUCUUUCCAUUGAAAAUAUUUAUGUAAGGCAUUUACCAACUACAUAAGAUAAACAGAAGGCAGCUAAUUUUAUAAUAAAAAUAAAAAAUAUGAAACAUAGA